AUCGUUAGCUAGGUAUUUUUGAGGUGGGACGCAAGACUUGACGAAUUCUAAAAAGGGGGCACAUGGCUUAAUAAGUUUGAGAACCACUGGUUUAGAAGAACAUUAAAUUGAUAGAUUUAAAAUAUGAAUGUAUUUGAUUCAUUUUAACAUCUAUUCACUGAAUAACCGUUUUUUAAAUCGUUUCGAAUGUACAUAUUAAUAAAAUGCUCGAUUUGUUUUGCCAGGUGUGUGUAUCUUUAAGUUAAAUGGCUGAAAAAGAUUCGAAUAAAAUUUAUGCCAAGGAGGUUUAUUGUGAAACAUUGACUGAAUGCCCAGACUCUGUGGAAUGGUGUCCCUCCGAUGGAUACAAAAAUAUAGUAGCUUGCGGAACUUAUCAACUUUUGAAGCAAGAGAAAGAAGGAUUACCAGGUCAUCUUAUGAACCGUAAAGGCAGUAUUGCAUUGUUCACUCAAAAUGAUUUGGGAAUGAAAAAGUGCUUCAAAGUUGAAACAGAUGCAAUCUUAGACUUGAAAUGGAAUGGUAAUUGUGUUGACGAGACAAUGCUAUGUGCAGCGGAUGCCAAAGGCUUUGUAAAGUUGUAUUCAUUAGAUAAAAUUAUAGAGUCUUGUAAUGAUGUAAAACUGACGGAGGUUGUUGCUUCUAAAGUUACAAAUGAAGGCCUUCUUUUAUCACUAGACUGGGGACUGGAAGCUAAAAUAUGCACUAGUGAUUCAAAUGGAUGUUUGUCCAUCAUAGAUUCACGCAAUAGAGAAGUAGUGAAGGAGUCGCAAUGGAAAGCUCACGAUUUUGAAGCUUGGAUAUGCGCUUAUAAUACAUGGGACGGUAAUGUAGUAUAUUCCGGCGGAGACGACUGUAAAUUUUGUGGUUGGGAUGUGAGAGAUCCAUCAAAAUAUAUUUUCAAAAAUUCAGCGCAUUCAGCUGGAGUUUGUAGUAUACAAUGCAACUCCAAAUCAGAUCACACCCUCGCUACAGGUAGUUACGACGAAUAUGUCAGGUUUUGGGAUACGAGAUGUAUUCGACGCCAACCUAUGUCUGAGAUUUUUGUAGGUGGUGGUGUAUGGAGACUGAAAUGGCAUCCGUAUGAUUGUGAUCGAUUGCUAGCUGCAUGUAUGUUUAAUGGCUUCAAAGUUAUUUCUUAUGAAAAUGGUUCUCCCAAUAUAAUAACUUCGUUCAAUACUAAUGAUGGCUCUCUAGCAUAUGGGGUAGAUUGGUCACAAGGAGAUAUGGAGGAAAAUACUGACUACAUUGCAGGAUGCACUUUUUAUGACUGCAAAUUAGGAUUGUGGAAAUUGUCUGAGAGAUGAAGAAACAACAAGAAGAUGAAAAAUGAGAGAUUCUCUUAGUCCGGGAAAGAAAACCCUGGCAGAGAUGGAGGAGAAUCAAUUUCAAAGGAGAGGAGAUAUGUUGUGCCAGUGACAGAUUUUCAAAGAUAUGCGUUGCCACAGUCGUGAGAAUGACCUCAUUUCAGUCCGAAAUUUGUCUGGAUCAGGGUUUCUCCAACUGGCCACUCAAGCCCUAAAGAGGGCCACGAGCAAAGACUGUCACCGGCAGGCACCAUUUGCAAUGACCACAUUAAUUCUCAUUUAGGUAAAUUAUAUGUGAUUUGUUUCAUUAUUUAUUAAACGAGGUGAAUAAACUACCUGAUGGAAACCGG